AUGAAUAGUUUGUUACAACUAUUUUCGAAAUCAGGAUCAACAUCUAAACAAUCUACAAAUCUGAUAUCAACUAGAUAUUUCAUUAAUAGUUGUUAUAGUAAUAAUAAUAGUAAUAGUAUUAGUUAUGGUAUAAAUAAUUGUAUAAAUAAUAAUAAUAAUAAUAAUAGAUUAUAUUCAUUUGGUCAUAUAACAACAGUUCGAUCAUCAUUUUGUAAUUCAAGCAGCUCAUCGACAGUGUCAACAACAACAUCAUCAUCAUCAUUUUCAACCAAGCCCGAAUUAAAUAAUAUAAAUAUUAAUAGUUCUAAUAGCAGAAAGGAUGGAUCAACAUUAUCAUCUAAUAAAGAUUAUGAAAACGAUCAUAAUUUAAUGUCAAUCGAAAGUUUGAUUCAAGAAGACAAUGGUGAUAUUUCAAUUGCCAACAACAAAAAUAACCCAUUCAAAUCAAUGGAUUUCGUAGCACUCUAUCAACACUUUAAUGAUACCUUUAUUGUAAAUUCAAAGUUGGAUUUUCAAAAGUUAUCAGAAUAUUUAAAGCUACCAAACUACCAAGGAUAUAAUGUGAUGAAUUGUGCUAUACAAUGGGCGCUCAACAAUAAUUGUACAAUGAAAGAGGUGUACUAUGCAAUAUUGGUAAACUUUAGAGAGGCCAAUCAUUUCAGAGACUUUCAGAGAUGUGUAAAGACGAUGCGUCAUAUGAGGGUCAAUUUCGAUAUCAAUAUUUACAAUGUUCUCAUUGGAUACUACUCUGAUCUCUCGAUGCAAAAGGACGUGCAGAGUUUGAUGUCAGAGUUGGAUCGACUCCAGAAGGAUCCAGACAAUACUGUGCAUUACGAUACCACCACUUACUACGAAUUGAUUCGUUGUUUCAAUCAGAAGCGUAAGAUUGUCAAUGAGCUGAUCGAGAUGAUGAAUCGCUCUGGAUUGGUACGUCCUGAGCAUCUCACCAAUCUGAUCAUUCACAUCCUACUAAACAGACACCAAGCAGUAUCCGAUGCAUUGGGUUACUACGAAGAGAUUGUCAAGACACAUGGCACAGCAUCCGCAGCUACAUUCCACAGUCUGCUGACAGGAUUGGCGCAUCUUGGCCGAUUCGACUUGGUACGCCACUAUUGGUCACGUGAAAUGAAGCUGGCCGAUGUCACCCCGAGUGAAGAUACUGUCAUUUCCAUCAUCAAAUCGUAUUGCGACCACAAGGACAUUGGAAAUGCCAUAGAGUUCUACUUUCUUAUCAAAAAACAAUUUGUGCCUACUCUCGCCACCUACACUCCUCUCAUCUACAUGACUAUCGACUCCCAAAAAGUAGAGCAGUGUGCUGAGUGGUUGAGAAUUAUGAAACACAAUGGAAUUCAGCUGAAUGAAAGACUUGCCAGUUUCGUAUUGCGUUUCUACCUGAGAGUUGGUGCAUUCGAACUGCUGGAGAGUCUGAUUCGCGAUGUCGUUAACCUCAAUAUCCUGACUGCAUCGUCAUUCUCAACGAUUCUCGCAUACUAUCAUUUGACCGGUCCUUCCAAGCAGCAUCAAAUCAACUUUUUCCAAAAGAAACUGAAUGAGCAGGAACCGAGAUUCAUUGAACUAGCCACCGACCAGAUCAUCGAAGUCUUCCUCAUGAUGGACGAAUAUGAAAAUGCAUUGGAAUGGCUAAAGAAGCGUAUUUCACAAAGUGAUUCACGUCGAUUCGCACAUACUAUCAUGUUGUUUAUCAAUUACCAUAAGAUCCGUUCCGAACAAGGCGAAGUCGUUUACUGGGAGAACAAACUACAAGAGAAUGGACUGGUUGUUUCGAAAGACAUGAGACUGCGAACCUAUUAUCACAUGAAGAAAUACUACACACCAAACAGCAAUCCUUUCAAUAAACCAAAUCUCGAUAUGAAGCGACGAAUAUUGACACAGCAACUGCUUUGGGAAAGUCUUUCACCGAGUGAAGCAGGAACCUCCAUCGCCCACCCAGAAAAGCAAGAUUUGUUUCAACAAAAGCUACCAGAAAAGACGACAGAGAUGGAUGAUGAUAUAAGCUUGGAGGAUGUCAAACCAAAGCCCACCUCUACCUUUAAGGAUAUUGUACAGGAAUCACCUUUCUCCUUUAGAAUGAGAAUCAUGACACUCAUAAAGAACAAGAUGCAUCUGCAAGCCAAUAGGGAAUUCAAAGUCAAAGAAGAGUCUGGUUUCAACAUUGAUGGAAUUACCUAUAAGAUGAUGGUCCGAGCAUUCAUUACGGCCAGAGAUUACUCCAAUGCAGGUUCCUACUUUAUCAAGAUGAUUGAACUCGGUCAUGAGCCAGUCAUAUCGUUGGUCUAUGAUCUAAUGGAUCUCUACUAUUCACGUGGCGCCAAGGAAUAUGAUGAGUUCUCCAAGGUGAUAACGAGUAUGUCUUGCAAGCCGUCAUCGUUCGAAGAGGUACACUAUUCAAUCAUGAUCAAGCAUAAUCUGACCAAGACAAUCAAGGAGUUGAUGACAGUCGACAAUCCAAAGCUGACCGAAUCCAUCUCGAUCCGUAAUUCAUUGGUGUAUGGGCUUACACAUCGUGGCGAUUUGGAGUUGGCACAACAGGUAAUAUUGGGACUGAUCAACACCAAUGCCAAACUUUCGUUUACAUCAAUCAGUUUCCUAUUGCGUUGCUAUCUGGAGCGUGAAGAAGUUCCAUCUAUCCUACCGCAAUUGGUAGACUACUAUAAGGGAAGUACCGAGCAGAUGCCAAUCAACCUUGCCAAUCUAGUGAUGUUGGACUACUUGAAGAAGGGACAAAUCAGCCAAGCAUUAUCGGAACUUGAAAAGAUCACCAAUCUCAAUAGAUACACCAACAACUAUACCAUUCCCAUCGCAAUGAAGUUGUAUGCUAUAAAAUAUCCGGUUCCACCAAUGAACAAUCUGUUUAUGUGGUUGAAUAUCAAGAAGCUAAUGCUAAAGAAUAAGAUCUCUACACUUACUUUCUAUCCAUCGCUAUUCAAGAGUUUAAUCGAGGCCAACCAACAGGAAGUCGUCUUGCGAUAUGCCUCCGAACCAAAUUUCUUUGUAUCACAAACCGUUGACACUCUCAAGAUGGUGCUUAGUUGUUGCACGAGCGACAAACAGAUUAUCGAUUUUUUCAAGUCUGCCACCAAGUCAAAGUUACAAUUGGAUCAAGAAGCUUUCGACAUUGUAAAGAAAGCAAACGAAACUAUUCACGAUUCACGUGUUGAUUCAUAUCAAUUGAAGAACCCAAAACUUCAAAACCAACCACCUCCUCUUUCACAAAAUAUUGUUAAUUUCAUAGUUAACAAUUUAAUAAAGCUACCAUAA